AUGAAGGCUUCCCUGUUGAUUUGCGACCUGAUCCAGGUGCGGAAGACUCCAUUGGAUAGAGUAGAGGUGGUCGGUGGCAUUGCAGCUGGCAUUCACAAAGAAGGCUACAUCGAGCAUGAUCAUGAGACCGGACAGAAGAAGAUGGUCGUGUACCUGCGGGACAAAGGUCCCAAUGACACUUGGCCUGGGCUUGGCGACCUUGAGAGCAAGACUGUGGAGUUUGAGUGGAUCGCCGCUGGGUUUUGCAAUGCCGUGACGAAGAAGUUGGGCACCCUGCUGUACUUCUGCUGGUACAUCUUUAUCACCCGGCCACUCCGCGUGGCGGCAGAAGUCAUGAGGUUCCUGACGACACCAGCCUCCCACAAAAUCCAACGAAAGCAGUUUGAUGAGGACAUCAGCCUUCACCUGGGCUUUGCGGACAAAAUGGAGGAGGAGACAAAGGAUAUUUGGGGCAUCAUGCACGGCGCUGCGAGCCUCUUCGCCACCUUCGUGAACCACGAAUUCGGUGGCCGCCUGGUUGCUGAUGGUUAUAGCAAAGAUGCCUUCGUGGACAUUGUUCUUCGAGACACCAACUUCAGGGAAGCCUCCAAGGACGCUUCUGAGCAGAUCCUGAGUGCUGGUGGUGUCAUUUCCUUCUUGCAUGGCAUGACUCGUUUCUACGAGAUCAUCGCAUCAGCCUUCAUCGUGCUCCUAUCCACUGUGCUGGGCUUUGUCGUCAUGGAGAACGUGCCGUGCUUCUCAGAUACAAACUCCUCGUGGUACAUCUCAGAUACAUCGAGCAUGGCUUUGACCUGCUUUCUGAUCUCUGGCAUCGUUGCGUACAGUUGGAUGUCCCUCUUCAACACUACGUCAGAUAGCUUGCUGUACACCCUGAUGUGGGCACGGAAAAUGUCGGCCAACGACACUUCCUUCCCUGCUGUCACUCGAGCCCAAGCCCAGGCACCGCAGCCACAGGGGCUCCUGAAAGCACGAGGCACCAGCAAGGUGUGCCCGGAAGCCUUGCUGGACCUGGUGGGGGAGGAGGCUGGUCCUGUGCAAAUCCUGUGGGAACUUCAAACUUUGUUCUGCUCGGCUGCAGAUCAUGAUAUCUGA